UCCGCCCUCUCCCACUCUCUCCUCGUCGGCGUCGUCAUAUCGGGCAAGAACUACCACGGCUAUGACCCGAGGCCGGGGGCGGUGAACUUUGCAGACCGGGUAGGAUGGCUCACGACGGCGGCGGACCAGGGAUUCGUGUCCCCGGCCAGCUACAACACGCCCGACAUCGUCUGCCACCGGGGCGGGACGCCGCCGCCAGCACACGUGCCGGUACGGCCAGGAGACCGCAUCAAGGUGCAGUGGAACGGGUGGCCUGAGGGACACCGCGGCCCGGUGCUGUCGUACCUCGCGCCGUGCGACGCAGCUGCAGCAGCAACAGGUGAUGGCUGCGCGUCGGUCAGCAAGACCAGGCUGGCGUGGACCAAGAUCGACGAGGGCGCGCCGGGCCUGUUCCUUCCCGACACGCCGCCGCCCGGCGACUGGGCGUCCAACCACCUCGCCGCCAACAACAACAGCUGGGAGGUCGGGCUGCCGCUGGGCCUGGCCCCCGGACCAUACGUGCUGCGCCACGAGAUCAUUGCGCUGCAUUACGCGGCGCAGCCCGGCGGCGCGCAGAACUACCCGCUGUGCGUGAACCUGUGGGUGCAGGGCGCUGCGGCUCCCGGUAAUUCCAAAACGACGCGACCGUUUGACCUGGCUGCGGGCAUCCCGGCGACGCAGAUGUACAAGGACACGGACCCGGGUAUUCUGAUCAACAUCAGCCAGCCCCUGACCAAAGCCUACGUGAUUCCCGGCCCACCCGUGGGCGCCAACGCCAAUUCCGUGCCCGUCCUCUCACAGGCUGCGCCAGGGUACACAGCCCAGGGCGUGCCUGUCCUUGUCAUGCAGGGCAGCGUGACGGUGCCAUACAGCCCGGCUGUC